AUGACGGACGAGGACGAGGACAUGGCAUUCCCUGCUUUCGAGGCUUCUGAUCUGGCCAGCAAGCCAAAUCAGGACGGUGCUGUGUCAGUCGAACAACAUGAUGAUUUAACGACUCAAAUACCGAGUCCGCCGACGGACGACAGCUCGCUCACGGGGAGAAAGACUCAGGACGACCAGGCAAUAGAAGCGGAACCCACGAGACACGUGGACUACCUCUCACAUGAAUGGAAAGAAGAAGAGAUCUGGAAGUCAUGGAGCUACGUGAUCCACAGGCGGGGCAGUCUUACCAACGGGACUCGGCUAGAGAAUGCUUCUUGGAGGUCCUGGACAAAGGCCAAAAACCACCUCAAGACAGUUUCGCCUGAGACUCUCAAUUGGCUCAAGGACUGUGACGUGACUUGGCUAUACGGCCCGCUCCAGACAAACGGGAGCGUCUCUCAAUCAUUGACAAACACCUCUCCUCCACCCAGCCGAUUAUCCCAUUCAUCUUCUUUCAUCUCUAAGAAACCCAUCCUGAAGAAGAAGUCGGCAUCGGCAGUCAUCCUGGAACGGUCGAGGUCACAGCAUUCUCUUCUACAGCGGGCGGGAGAUAUCAUCCGGAUACAGCAGUCUAGUCCGGCUAGCGGGCGUCCCAUCCUAAGACGAGGCAACUCCGAAUUUGUUCUGCCGCGAUAUGACAGUUCAGUGGUCAACACUCCUGCCGAACACGAGACACCUGGUUUCAGUGGGCCACGAUCCUCUUUCGCCUUUGACGUGCCGACUCCGUCAGAGUGCAAACACGUUCUUUUCGACGAAGAGGUCAGACAAGUGCAAGCCAUUGACUCCGAGGAGGAUGAAAAACCCGAUGAUGAUGAUGAUGAUGAUGAAGACGUAAUUCUCGAGGAUGACGAGGACGAUGACUGUGGUUUGAUGAUGGCCCCAGCACAAAGAUUGGGUCGUGGCAGUGGUCGAACAACGCCUCGUGGCAGUUUCAGCAACGAGUCCAAGACCAUUGUGCCGUUGCCAUCCACUACGUUAAAAUACAGGACUGAUACCCCCGAACCUCAUGAGACACCUAAUCCCCCGAAUGGAUUCUGGCCUAGUGGACGAAAGCUCUCACCCUCACCAUCCCAAGAGACGUUGCGACCUCCCCGGCCGAAUCAGAAUUUCCUCAUUGAUGACGAUCCGGAAGUCGUUGAUGAACCGUGGCAGCCUCAAUCUUCAUUCGGAGACGAACGGUCCCCUUAUGACGAAGAGGAUGACGGAAAUGACGGCCACCCAACCAUGAGACGCACCGAUUCUGGGAUGUUUAUGCCAUACGACGAGAACGAGGACGAGGUAGCCAUGAACCAUACCCUUUUCGGGCAGGCAAUGUAUGCCGUUAACACUUUCAGAGAUAUCGCCCAUGUGGUAUGGAAUGUGGGCUGGAACCGACGAUGA